AUGUCAACGAACGCAGAGACCACUGCUUCAGUAACAGUGCGGACGCAGUUUCUGCAGCAACCGCUCGCCACGGAGGCAGCUGAAGGUAGCAACGUUACGCUGCACUGUAAGCUUAACCUUAGCUAUGAUAGUAAUGGACAAGGUCCAGUGACCGCUCAAUGGUAUCGUGAUAGCCAUGCGCUAUAUAUCACUAAAGAAGUCAGAUACUCGUACAUUGAUGACAACAUGUACAACACAGGUGACUUCACCAUGCAUAUUUCUAAUGUACAAGUUGAUCACGAUAGUGCAGAGUUCUACUGUGAGUGGCAGCGAGAUCAGCUGAAACCGGAAGAUAGACCUGUAUCUCACACAGCUACGCUAACAGUGCUUGUGCCACCACAGUCGGUUGUCAUGUCUUUGAUUGGCAGCUCUUCAUCACCGGAUGGAACGCUACAGUUUUUGUGUGUAUCGGAGACCAGUAACCCAGCAGGUACCAUCACCUGGUGGCUGGACAACGAAUAUAUCAGCGUUGAUUCUAGUCACAUCCACAAACCGGGUUCAAGAAAUAAGACAUCCUCAACAACGAGUAUCGUGAAUCACACGUUUUCAUCGGAUGAUAAUAACAAGCAUCUUUUUUGUCAUGUCUUUACCCACGAUGACUUAGAUGUAGAGGCGAUUAGUGUGUUUGGGGAAUACAUGUCGUGUAACAAGAUGAAUGUGACCGUGAUCGUGCCAGCAGCGUACGUCACCAUGGCAAUAGACGGCAAUGCUGUAGCAGACACAGAAAUAAUGCAUGCAGGACCGCAUAAAGCUAGCUGCACUACAGAGAAAAGUUUCCCGGGAGGAACAGUAACAUGGAAACUUGGUGAUACAUCUGUAGACGAAGCUACUACUUCACAUGUCAGUGAAGUUGAUGGAACUAUAACGACGUACAGCACACUGAUGCGUACAUUUACCGCCGAUGAUCACGAUAAAAUACUUGCCUGUCAUGUUGACAUCCACGAAUCACUCCAGUCACUGUCGGUCGAGGUGCGGCUAAACGUGCAGUACAUGGGAGAGGUAAGAGUGAGAGGUGACAAUCAGGAAGGCGUAAUAACGCUUAACCACGGUAGCACACUAUGGUUGCUCUGUACUGCUGAUGGAAAUCCACCACCAAGUUAUUCAUGGCUUCACAACGGAACCUUAAUAACUGGCGAAGGUAACAGCACCUAUGAAAAAGAGUCGGUUACCUAUAUAGAUACUGGCGACUACGUCUGCGCAGCUAGCAACAUUGUAGGGAUUAUCAAAUCCACAAACACAAUGUCGCUGAACGUUGCUACUCCAGAAAAAUGUAACAGUGGUCUCAUCGUGGGACUGAUCAUCGGUAGCCUGGCCAUCUUAAUCAUCGUCAUUAUCAUCGGCUUCUACAUGAAAAAGAAAUGUGUUUUACCACGAGUCAAUGCGUUGAUGGGAAGCGCCAAAGAUUGCACUGGCGAUUCAGACAGCGAUGGAACAUCGAUGGCAGUAGUCAAGCUCGUUGCAAUGCUUCUCCUCUGUGUAGCUUCAGUAACAGUGUGGACGCAGUUUCUGCAGCAACCGCGCGCCACGGAGGCAGCUGAAGGUGACUUCAGCAUGCAUAUUUCUAACGUACAAGUUGAUCACGAUAGUGCAGAGCUUUACUGUGAGUGGCAGCGAGAUCAGCUGAAACCGGAAGAUAGACCUGUAUCUCACACAGCUACGCUAACAGUGCUGGUGCCACCACAGUCGGUUGUCAUGUCUUUGAUUGGCAGCUCUUCAUCAUCGGAUGGAACGCUACAGUUUUUGUGUGUAUCGGACAGCAGUAACCCAGCAGGUACCAACACCUGGUGGCUGGACAACGAAGAUAUCAGCGUUGAUUCUAGUCACAUCCACAGACCGGAACCAUCUUACACGUGGUUGCACGACGACCAGGGGAUACAAGCUGCAAGCGACGAGAUGGCGAUAGAGCGAGUCGAGUUUAAAGACAAGGGUUUCUAUUCAUGCCAGGCGAUUAGUGUGUUUAGGGAAUACAUGUCGAGUAACAAGAUGAAUGUGACCGUGGUCGUGGCAGCAGCGUACGUCACCAUGGAAAUAGACGGCAAUGCUGUAGCAGACACAGAAAUAAUGCAUGCAGGACCGCAUAAAGCUAGCUGCACUACAGACAAAAGCUUCCCGGGAGGAACAUCACUGUCGGUCGAGGUGCGGCUAAACGUGCAGUACAUGGGAGAGGUAAGGGUGAGCGGUGACAAUGAGGAAGGCGCAAUAACGCUUAACCACGGUAGCACACUAUGGUUGCUCUGUACUGCUGAUGAAAAUCCACCACCAAGUUAUUCAUGGCUUCACAACGGAACCUUAAUAACUGGUGAGGGUAACAGCACCUAUGAAAAAGAGUCGGUCACCUAUAUAGAUACGGGCGACUACGUCUGCGCAGCUAGCAACAUUGUAGGGAUUAUCAAAUCCACAAACACAAUGUCGCUGGAUGUUGCUACUCCAGAAAAAUUUAACAGUGGUCUCAUCGUGGGACUGAUCAUCGGUAGCCUGGCCAUUUUAAUCAUCGUUAUCAUCAUCGGCCUCUACAUAAAAAAGAAAUGUGGCUUACCACGAGCCAAUGCGUUAAUGGGAAGCGCCAAAGACUGCACUGGC